AAUAGUAAACUGUCUUUAUGGAAAUUAGGAUAGGUAUAACUAUCUUGGUAUGAUUAAUUUACUUCAAAAGUCGUAAUUAAUAAAAAAUCUUUGUGUUUUCAUAGAAAAAUCCCAAGUGAUUUUAAUAUGGGUGACGGACAAAGUGAAAAUCAGCCUCUAUUAAGAGAUGAGGAUGAGAAUGUCAGCACUAUCUCUCCAAUCGGGCCUGAUGAGCUACCACCGCCGUACCAGCAAGCUGGCCUGCCGAUGGUCACUUGCCGGGUUUGUCAAGCGAUGAUUGAUAUAUCAGGAAAGAGGGAACAGCAUGUAGUAAAAUGCUCUGAAUGUAAUGAAGCCACACCAAUUCGAAAUGCUCCACCAGGCAAAAAGUAUGUACGUUGUCCCUGCAACUGCUUGCUCAUUUGCAAGUCCUCGUCGCAGCGCAUCGCAUGCCCACGCGCCGACUGUAAAAGGAUUAUAAACCUGGCACCUUCGCCUGUCACUCCACCAGUGCCCACAUUGCCUGGCAUGUGUAGGGUCAUUUGUGCUCAUUGCCAGGACACAUUUUUGUAUCAGCUGUUAAAGAAUGCUCCGGUACGAUGCCCGCACUGUCGUAAGGUGUCAUCAGUUGGAGCUAAAAUGCGUCGAGUGAGGGGAACUAUUUUCGCGGUAUUGGCCUUAAUCGUACUGGCCAUAGCCCUGGGAGUCACCUUUGGUACCUGGUCAGCUGCUAAAAGCCACGGUGGCGGUGUUUAUGUGGCCUACGUGGGCGCUUUUGUCCUUGCAUUGUUAUUAGGAAGUCGCGCCAUCUAUUAUUUCGCUAUGAAAGUAAGUCACAUUGAAGGACCCAUGUAGACGAUACGAUAAUUUCACUUGUGAUAGACUUUACCAAUAUUUUAUUCCAUAUUGCAUUAUAUAUACAUUUAUUUGCUGUUCAUCAGGAUUUAGGUUCUUUUGGAAUAUCUUAAUAGCACCACGUAAGGGGUACGGAAUAUGUAUAUCGCAAAACUAGAUAUUAACUAUGUAUGUAGUUUUAGCAAAUACUAUGACUAUUGCAGAGUUUUUGGUAGCCAUUUAGGUAGGUAAGCAUUCCGUUGUGUGAUUUUUUUAAUAAUGUAAUUUUAUAAGCUAUUAGCGAUCUAAAAUUGAGGUAGAUUUUAUACAUUGAUAUAUAUAACCGCCUUCAUAAUAAUAUGACUUUUUCUGCUAUUUAAGCGGAAAAUCAUUAUCGGAUUUGCUUCAAAUAAGCUGACAAAGUAUUUACGGAAUAUAUUAAGUAGGCGUGUGAAUUAUUAUUAUAUAAAUGUUGCACUGUUACAUCAGUUUCUAACAUUGUUGCCUUUGGAAUACCGAAAGGACAGUAAAAAACUGAAUAGUGACCAAACAUAACAACACCAACAUACAGUAGGGAAUUUCCAGAACAGAUUUUGUUUAAUGGCAUUAAAGUAACUUACAAUUUUGGGUGUCGCAUUAUAAAUUACAAAGCAUGUAAAAUGAGUGCAUUGUUAAUUCAAUUACGUUUAUGUACUAAAGGUAUACUCAACCUAAUCAGUGAUAAACCGCCUAAAAAAUAAUUAAAAUUUAACUAAUUAAAUUCCCUUUGAGAUCCGUAUUAUCAACAACAAUUUGGUUCAGAACACCACAGCAAAGUUUGUCUACAUGGGUCUGAUUAUAUCGUGUAGAUUUAUAGUGUAAAACAAAAUAUUGCAAUAUUAUAAAAAUUCAUUCUACAAGUUGCUUGAAUCAUUUUCGUUAGACUAGAUUUAUAUCGAAUACAUGUAGGUAUAAAAUUAGUAAAUACAUAUGUUAUGUUUAACAUAAAAUUAGGGUUGACACAUGUAUUUUAGAAAACUAACACAUAUAUCUAAAUUUGAUAACUGCUGUGAAAUAUUCUUGAUUUUUUAAAAUAUACUGUUUUAUAUUACUCAUUUAGCUAACUUUACAGCAGUCAUCAAGUUUCCCUUAUUUUUAAUUUUCAUAUAUGUAAUCUAGUUGUAUAAUGUGCUGUUGUGGCUUAUUUUGUGUGUCUGAGAUUAUAGAUAUAGGCUGCCAAUGAACGGUGCUUUCGACAAUUUAUCCAAAAAUAACUAAACUAAUCUAAAAUGGCGUUAAACAUGUUCUCGCUUGCACACUAUUGUCGUCAAUACUUCCCGCAGAUAGAUUCGUUAUAGUCAGCGUAUUAGUUAUUGAAUAAAUAGAAACGCCAAUAAAAACAUGCUAUUAUAGUAUUUUAAUACCAAUACCGGCUUGAUGGCAUUAGAACAAUAACUCACUUUAAUAUUUUUUAUACUUUAUAAUAUUAAAGGCAUCAUCUUCAUGCAAUGUGUAUGCGCCAAGCAGAUUUCGUUUGUUAGCGUGUUAAAAAUAAUAACACUGUGAAAUUAUUGAAAAAAUACUUUUUUUUAAAUUUUAGAAUUCUAUAAAUAGUACCACCAACUACGCUGGAUUGACGUGCGUAACCCAUAGAAGUAGUUCCAACUUUGAUCAAGCCACUUGGUUGUUGUCUAUGGCGUGUUAUCAUUAUCUGUAAUUUUUAGCUGGAGUUUAUCAAUUCGGCGUGUUAUAUUUUUUAUUGUAUAAAAAAACAAAAUUGUCACGCAUUGCGCCUAAACGAUUAACGCAGAUAAAGAUGGCGACGUUAGUUAUCGUCUGUUUUUAAUGCAAUAGUCAUCAUUAGUUAAUUGGACAUUUGAGUCUUAUUUGGUUUUCUACAGGGUAUUUGUUUUUUUGAAAAAAAUAUUUAGUUGGUACAGUUUCGUUAAGCUAUGCUCCAAUUUAUGUUAUAUGUUUAUAAUCUUAACAGUUUUGGUAUAGACAAUCAAUCAAAUAGUCUAUGGAUGCCCGUUCCAAAAAGACGUUUGAAAUGUAUAGUGUGUGUAGUUUGCUUCGACUUCGGCUCAUGAUUUUUCAUACAUCAAUUAUAUGCUCAGCACUUAUUGGUAGGUUGAAGCUUAGUCCACAAGCUAUAAAUUAACUUCCGAUUUCUAUAUCGAAAUUAGGAGUCAUAGUUGUUAAAAAUGAACAAUUAUAAAAUGUGGUUUCUCUACAAAAUCUUGUUUGUAACAAUGAUUGAAUUUGAAAUAUAGCAAAACGGGCGUAUUCAAUAAUGUUACAAAUACAUAAUAAUUAGCUUCGCGAUACAAUACUAUUAAUAUAUUCUAUAAAGACUGUUUUUGUGGCCAUGAGUAAUAUAUACGAAACUGAACUAAACACGCAUGAAAUUCAUACGAAUAUGUAUAUCAUUAAAAUUGACUAUCUGGUAAAUGGAAGACUAUGUUCGGAAUUUCUUUAUACUCAUCCUAAAUUUAGUCAUUUUUAAGUUUAUUUUUAUAUUAUUUUAAUUACUUGGAUGUUAUUUUUAAAAUUGUAAAGUUCGCUUUAGUUAAUUGUAUUUUUUUAAAUUUAUAGUUGUGUAUCUAUUUAGCCUUAAGUACAAUUGGUAUCUAAAUAACCUGUCAAUAUAAACUUUCAAGUAUUUACAAAGAUCUAUAAAUAAUGUUUAUUAGUGUGUAAUCUUUUCGUAAACGGUUGAAAUGAAAUGAACUUCUGAAAU